AUGUGGUUGGCAUGUCUGGUGACAGCUGCGCUGCUGCCAACACUCAUCCUGGUGUCCCCCGUGACGACACUGCUGUGCAGGCGGCUCUUGAAGAGAGCGAGGAUAGAUGGCGACGUUGAGUCGGCUAGUGUAUGGCUCUCGUGGCCAGCAACUCUCAACGUGGCAGUUAAGUCACUGACCGUCAGGAAUCCUGAUGGGUUCCAUCAUGAGAACCUGGCGAUGUUGGGGUCGUUCUUCUGUUCGAUCAAGCUCUUCUCCAUCUUGAGGAAGUGUGUGAAGAUGGAAAAGAUACUGAUCGAACAACCCAGGCUGUGGGUCGAAAGGAAGGAGAAGAGGGGUCUCAACCUGUCGGUCUUUGUCAGCAAGAUGAAGAACAAGGAGGUUGAAGAAGUCAGCGAGGAGGAGGAGAACGCGCAGGCUGAUCUGCUGCUGUCGCUGCUCGGGUUGGUUCCAGAAACAGCAGAGGCAUUCAUUGGAAACGUCACGCAAGCUAUCAACGCCUCAGAUGGGAUUGCAGACCUUGCCUUCUCCACCGGGCAGAACCUUGCAGACAAGACCAAGAACGUGUUGGAGCUCGGGUUAGACUUUGUGAAGAACAAGGCUACCGAGGUACACCAGGACAUCUCCUCUGCCGGAGGGAUCGACAAGUGGGCCGUUGACGGCGUGAAGAAGCUCUCGAGUCAAGUGCGCGAAACUGCACAGGGAGCGACAGAAGCUGCGAACAACCAAGGGAUCCACGGGGUGACUUCUUACCUUAGGACGGAAGUGAGCAAGACGGCAACCAACCUGACGGACCAGGCUGAGGAUGCGAUCCUGUACGAGUUGCUGCACAGGAAGGUGGCCGGGUGCUACGAGGAGGAGAAGAAGACCAAGUAUGUACAAGUGACCCAGUUCGAGAUCGUCGGCCUCGAGAUCGACGCGGAUCUCAUGCUGGAUGCGAAGCAGCAGAAGGUGGGCAAGCUGGUGGGGGCGAGCAUCCGGCUGCUGUCCGAGGACCUGGUGCCACAUCCCAACGCCGCCUUUCAGAAGGGGCUGCCGGUCGAGGAGUUCAAGCGAAGAGUUCUUGUCAUCAUCAACCACGAGAUGCGAAGGGAGAACUCCUCCAAGAUCAUCAAGUUGGCCAGCAGCGGGCUGAAGCAGUCCGUCGCUGUCCCCGGUUGGAUGCUGCCGAAGGCAAAGCAGAGCGCCAUGGACUACAUCGAUGGGUUUGCUACUGGCCUGACAGGGAUGGUGAAGGACGCGGGCUCUUCCUCAGCGAAAUCCUCGCAAGAAAAGGGCCAGAACUUGAGCUCGAGCAACACCAGCACGAGCAGCAAGGAGAAGCAAGAAACUCAGGGUGACAAGGCUGCGCAAGAUCAGCCUGCCCCUCCCGUCACGGGAGAACACUCGACUCUCCCUGACGCAGAGGCUUCGUUGUGUGCAGAUCCCUCGCAGCUAUCGAACGCGAGCGAGGAAAGGGAAGCAGAGGGUCUAGGAGGCACCGCAGUCCCAGGGAUAAAGGCAGACAGGCCUCAAGGAUCCUCCCCGCGCCCUGCAGCACAUGCGACAGCCCAGGGCUCUUCCAGUCCCUCCGGGGUAGUGGAGGAGCCCAAGGACGAGGGUGCACGAGGGAAGCAGGCAGUAGAGACUGCUGGCAAGAAAGUCGAUGCAGAAGCGAGUCAGGGAAGCGCUGGAGAUCAACUUGGAAGUGGUUCUGGCAAGAGCGAAGAGGGCAAGAGGAAUGACAGGAAUGGUCUGGCAGGCGAAGUUCCGAGUCAAGUCGUCAAGCCAGGAGGUGCUGACAAAGCUGGCGGGCCGAGCAAAGCAGGUGUAAGCGAUCAGGCAAAGUUAACGUCCUCGAACAAGAAUACGAGCGCUGGCAAGAGAGAGAAAAAGGCGGGACCGAUGCAGCUUGCAGAACUUCCAGACACGCUUGCAAAACUUUCUGAGAGCGCCAUUGAAGAUGCGGGGAAGACGAUUCAAGGGGCUCUAGAUGGAUUCGGACAAGCUCUGGGCUCCCUGGGCUUCAAAGGUCAGAGCGGCUUCAAAGGUCAGAGCAGCCCACGGUCGUACUGA